UUCCCCCAAGCGUCCCAUCCCUCGUCAUCUUCGCUCUCUCUGUCUCUCUCUGUGUGUAAAUUCGAAAAUUCGUUCGAAUUUAAUCCCAACAAGCCAUGAGUUCGUUCAGUAACACCCCCAACUUUGACAAUCUUCUGCUCCAGAGCCUGAUGGGCAGGCUCCAAAUCCACCCACCGAACCUCCAGUCGUCGCCGCUCCUCAGCCUCGAAGACCUCCUCUUCGACGCCGCCGGCCAUCUCUCUGACUCCGACGAGGAGGACGGGGACGGAAACGGAAAAACGCAGCUGGCCAAGGAGGAAUCCAAACUCGAGAAGGAUAUAAUCCGGACGAUCCUCAGCGGCAAAAUUGAAACGCUAAAACCUAACUCUGGCCAGGCUGUCGCGAUAGGUGAGCACCACGUAUGCAUUGGGUUUCACCAAGAAUCCGGGUCGGACUACCGGGUUUGGGAGUGGCAUGGCCAUCUGAUGUUGUUUGAUGAGGAAAAUGGGUACUCGCCGGAGUAUAUAUACGGGAAUUACUUUGAGAGGCUGAGAGCGAAGCCGAUUACUGUAGCUAGUGAGGAUACUAGUGAGAAGCGUGAUGAGGAGGAAAAGGGGAAUUUGGGAUUGAGGGAGUUGAUUGAACCAGGUGAUUCGGGCCGUGGGCGGAUACUUCACCGGAAUAUUAACGCUGGGUCUGCCAGGUUUAGCUGAGGUCUAAUGAGAAAGAAUGAAGAUGCACUUGCUAUGCACACAGAUUCUGGCUCGAUUCAUCAACUUUAAGAUUGAAAUAUUUUCCAUCUUAUCUUGUGGACCUUUCUGAACUUCAAAGGCUUGAGGGGGUGUCCCCCAUUUGUUUCUUGUCUUCUUAUUCCUCUUUUUAAGUUCCAAUUCUGAAGGAUAUAUACAUAUGAGCUGAAUUUGGUUGUAGAUUUCUCAUGGAAGCAAAGCCUUAGGGUCCUUCACCAGGGUCCUCUGCUCGCAUUUUGAUCUUUUUGUGUUCAAUUUCCGUUUUAAAUUAGAAAAAUGAACUCUUUUAACAUGUUUGAUGAUGACUUUGUGACUUUAGUUGUCAUAAUAAAAUUUAUAAAUUAAUUCA